GUCCAUAUCGAAUCUAACCAACCGGCCGGAGUCAUUCUCAUUGAUUCAUCAAACCAAACAAGAAUGUGAAUUGUGAAGGAUUCAUCGUAAAUUUGUGAAAAUUUGUUAAACCAAGUUUCUUGCCUGACAAAAAAAAAAAAAAGAACCAAGGCAAAGAAAAUAUUGCAAAACGAAAGCAGCGCAGCGCUCAAUGAACCGGCACAAAAACAUCGAUCCGUUAUCAACAGCAACAAACAACGCCACACUCAUUUCCAAAUACUCGCAUAUCAGCAACAGUGCCGUUUAACCGCAUGUAACUAACAAUGGAUGACAAACAUCGUAAACUUAUAAUGGAUAACAUUGAACCUCUGAUCAAACACACACAUUUUGAGGAAUUGUCCCAAAAAUGCAUAGAAAACGGGGUGCUGCUCCCGAUAAUGUUAGAUAAAGUAAAGGGAAAAGCAUAUCCAGAGAGAGAACUCUUUGUGGCAAUAACGAAACGUGGACCGCAUGCUUUUAAGAAGUUACUUGACAUUUUCUGUAACUUGGAAUACGAAACGGCUUUAGCAAUACUGUUGGAUAGUCAACAGCCAAUGGAACGGGAUCAACAGCCAAUAAUACAGGAACCAGUGUGGAAAAACAAUUCCAAUUCCAUCGCUAAUGGAAAUGUGAAUGUGAAUGAUAAUAACGAAAACGAGAGCAGUAUAACAAUUAAAGACGAGAAACUACAGUUGAAGGAGUACACUGACGAAAUAAGUUCCGAAAAUAAAUACGAAGUUAAAAAAUCCAAUAAGAUUAUGAAACAUGAUAAAACAGAGACAUAUGAUAUGAAAACGAAAAAUAAUCGUGGUGUUCUCUUCAUGGUUAACAUAAUCAAUUUUGAGUAUGCAGCAGAAAAAGAUCGCAAUGGUGCCAAAAAUGAUACUGAUGCAAUGUUAUACCUUUUCAAGGAAUUAGGCUUUAAGUUGUUCUCAUACACAAACCUAACCAAGCAGCAAUUCUUCGUUUUGCUCGAAGAACUUUUAAAAUCUGAGCACACGAAAAAUACUGAAUGCUUUGUUAUGGCUUUAGCGUCACACGGCGGUUUGGAAAACAACGAACAAUGCGUCGUAUUUGCAGAUGGAGAAAUCGCCGAAGAGCGGGAGAUAGAAGCCAAAUUCGCAGAAAAUGCCUGUAAUAAUUUAAAGAAAAGGCCAAAAAUAUUCAUUUUUCCAUUUUGCCGAGGCAAUAUGUCAGAGAGGGGUACAGAUAGCAUAAAUGGAAAUGUGAUCGAGAGGCCCGUAUUAUCGGAUUUAAUCGUGUGCUUUGCUACCUCAAAGGGUUAUGUGGCAUAUCGAGAUGAUUUUGGCACGUUCUAUAUACAACUUUUUGUUGAGAACAUGUCGGAUAAUGCUCAUGACACAAUGUUUGAGGAUAUUGUAAAAAAGAUUCAAACCGCUAUGAAGAAUAAAUGUGCUGCUGAAGGAAAAGCUCAGACUCCCAAUUAUGAAAAUAGGGACUUUAGCAAAGCCUUAUAUUUCAACCCAGGGUAUUGGGAAGGCAAGGAUGAAAGUGACGAAUAGUUUAUAAAUUUGGUUUUGGGAAGUCAUUUUAUUUAACCAAGUUAAACUUUCCGUAAGCAAACAACGCAAAGUGUUGCCAAAUCGAAAAGUCUUGGAAAUAACUCUUGAACGGAUGGAGGUAUGCACACGAAACUCAAACUAGUCAAUGUGAACUGUUUUCCGAUAAGUACAGCCAGAAAAAUUUGUCUGCUGAUAUUAAAUUAAAUUAGAACCUUUUGAAUAAAUCCAUUAAAAAUUUAUUAACUUCGAAACAAUAAUUGAGGCAUUUGUUAUAAAUUAAUAAAAACAAAAACAAAAUUGGCACAUUUGGUGGUUAAUUUUUUUUUCACAACCAUAUAUUAACAAGUAAAAAGGCGUUAAUAUUAACUAACUCACCCACAAUUUUCGGUAUUUUUUCUCAGAUACCCACAUUUUUGUUCCAAUUUUGUCUAAAAUUUAGCAAGCGACAUUUUCUCGGUAUGGCAAAAGUAUAUUCCAAUCCAUGGACGAAUCGAACAAUAUUUUAUAGUGGCUCCCAUAUAAAGGUACAUUUCACAAAUAGAGAUUUUUGCACCCGAAUUUAGCGACGUCUAGAUGGAAUUUAAAUUUUUAAUUUAAUUUUUGAUAAAUGGUCUUUGAUAAUGCCCGAUACAUAAAAUCGGAUAGAAUAGAGAUAAUAA